AUGUCUGGCCAGAAGAUAAAGUUGAUUCGUGAAGAGACUGGCGCACUGAUCACCACUCCUGGGGAGCAUGAAGAUCAUGUAUUCAUUGUUGAAGCCCCGCCCGAGAUCGCCAUGUAUGUCGCCCAACAUCUUGCCAUGCGAGCUCAAGAGAUCACACAGAGCAAACUGGCAGCUUGUGAGCGUCGUCGUGGUUCAGCCGGCUCCACGCCUGGCGGUGGAAUGCCAAAUAACGGGCCCGGCAACGGAGCCAGCAGUGCUGCUGGCUCAGGCGCGCCUAGCCCCCCUGGAACUGGUAGUCCUGUGACCAUGGCAACUUUUGGUCAAUCUGGCGCCUCGUCCAUCGUCUCACUGGGUCUGGGUUCGGCGGCCGGGCUUAACGGGCCCUCUCCUAUACCUGGCAUCACGGCAUCCCUCAUGCAGGGAAACUCUGUUAAUAGCGGUAUGGUGAACGGCGCUGGUCUGGGUCACACCAUCUCACCCAUUCUAGAGGCUUCCUUAUCCUUACAGCCACCCUGCUCCAGCUCCCUGUUGUCACCAGGCUCUUUGCUGAACGGACUGUCCAGCCUGUCUGCAACUCACGGUGUGACUUCUACCGGGGGAUUGGGAAUAGGAGGCACAUGUGGGGGGGGAGGCAUUGGCCUUGGGUCUGGUACUUCAUCCCAUUCUCUUGGGGGCCCAGGUACGUCUAAUUCAGGCAGUCUUAGCAGCACUGGUUGUGCUGGUACAGGCAGCAGCUUGGGUAGUUCUGGAAGCGGUGGAGGGAGCAAUGGCAACGGUAUUGGCGGCAAUGGCUGUAGUGGUAAUGGGGGUGGCGGUUGUGGUGGCGGUGGUGGGAAUGGUGGUGGUGGUGGCGGUGGCGGAGGUGGUGGCCGAGUGUUACUUGCUCGAGGUCGAAUAUCAGUUCCACAGGACUUAGUCGGCAAAAUUAUUGGCACCCAAGGUUCCAUCAUCACGACAAUCCAAAAAGACACUGGAACGGAGAUCAAAAGCCCCCCAAAAGAGGCUGCUCGUGGACCAAAUGCAACAGCUGACUUUGAGAUCUCAGCCUAUCAGGCGCUCGGCUUGAACUCUAAUCAGGCAGCUGAGUGCCGUGUGCAACAAGCCAAACAACUGAUUGGUCAUCUAGUGAUGCGUCAGCUGGAGAGGCGCGCCAGCGAAGACACCAUUGAAGAUUCA